GUUGCAGGAUUUGAGGGCGUCGUCGUAGUAGAUGAUCUGGACGUAGUUGUAGUAGAUGGUCUAGGAAUGGUUGUAGCAGUUGAUCUAGGCGUGGUUGCAGAUGAUGCUGCAUUGGUGUUUGUAGUAAACCUGGAUGUUGUGGGCGCGGGCGCAGUGGAUGCUCUGGUCGUGGCGGUAGUGGAUGAUCUAGGCGUGGUUGUGGUAGUUGAUCUAUGCGUGGCUUUAGUGUUCAAUCUAGGCGUGGUUAUUGUUAACCUAGGCGUGGUGAUAGGAGUAGAUGCUCUGGAUGUGGUUGUAGUAGAUGAUGUAGGUGUGGUUGUAGGAAUUAGAGUAGUCGUAGCAGAUGCUCGGAUCGAAGUUGUGGUAGAUGAUCUAAGCGUGACUGCAGAAUAUGGCGUGGUCGUAGUAGAUGGUCUGGACGUAGUUGUAGUAGAUAAUCUAGGUGUGGUUGUAGAUGUGGCCGUGCUAGUAGACGCUCUGAACGUGGUUGUUGUAGAUAGUGGAGGCGUGGUUGUUGAGGAUAAUCUAGGCAUGGUAGUAGAUGCAGGAGUAAUCGUAGUAGACCUAGACGUUGAAAGUGUAGUCGCAGCUGAUUUAGGCGUCGUAGGUGUGAACGAAGUAAGCCUUGACAUUGUGGUCGUAGUAGAUGCCCUAGGUGUGGUAGAAGGAGAUGUUGCAAAGUUGGUCGCAACAGGCCUAGAAGUUGUGAAUGUGGUCCUAACAGAUGCUUUAAGCAUAGUUGUAGUAGGUGUUGCAUUAGUUAUAGUAGACCUAAAGGUUGUGGACAUGGACAAAUUAGAUGCUAUGGAUGUGGUUGUAGUAGAUAGUUUAGGCGUGGUAGUAGGAGAUGUUGCAGUGGUGCUCGUGGUAGAGGACGUUGUGUAUGCAGUCGUUGUUGAUUCGGGCGACGUAGGUGUAAACGUAGAGGACCUUGAUGUUGUAGGCAGUGUUGCAGUUGUGAGUGCGGCUGUGGUGAUACCUGUAGACAGUUGUUAG